GGUUCCUCCGUUUAGAGAUGAGAUUUAAUUGCAAACUGCUUUAAUCUAUAUAUAUAAAUAAAGUCAGUUUGUGUUUGAUUUUGUUUUGGUUGUUUAGCAUACCUACAUGAGGUGUCCCUUAAUACUUCGAUAUCCAUUACGACUUAUUCCAAAGACCAUGAUCUCACCUUCAUUUUCACCAGAGCCUAUACAGGCACAAUUCCAAACUAAAGUACUCCAAGUGAGAAAAGAUAGCAUUAUAUUUGGUAAGAAUGAUCUACUACCAGUCAUUACCGAUAAGGAAACGGAAGAUAAUUUAAACAUAGCUGCUGCAGAGUUAGUGAAUACUGAUAAUGUGGUGGCAUUUCCUACCGAGACUGUGUAUGGAUUAGGAGGAUCUGGUUUAAGAGAUGAAUCAGUUAAAGCUAUUUAUAAAGCCAAAAAUAGACCAUCAGAUAAUCCAUUAAUUAUUCAUGUUUCAUCUAUAGAUCAAUUAAAGAGAAAAUUAUUACCUGAAGAUGUGGAUAUACCUAUUGUUUAUAAAGAUAUAUUAGAAAGAUUUUGGCCUGGACCAUUAACUAUUCUUUUGCCAAUUUAUCCUGGAUCACCAGUUUCUAAAUUAGUCACAGCCAAUCAAAACACCUUUGCAGUUAGACUUCCUAGUCAUCCAGUAGCCAGAGCAUUAAUCGCCAUGAGUGAUACUCCCUUAGCAGCACCAUCUGCCAAUGCAUCAACUCGUCCUAGUCCAACAUUAGCUAGUCAUGUAUAUCAUGAUUUACAAGGAAAAUUACCCUACAUUUUAGAUGGAGGAGCAUGUGAAGUAGGAGUUGAAUCUACCGUAAUUGAUGGUCUUGUUAAACCUCCUAUGAUUUUAAGACCAGGAGGUGUUUCAGUAGAAGAUAUUAAAUUAGCUGGUGGAGAAGCAUGGAAAGAUGUAAUAUUAGCCAAAAAGACAGCAGGAAAACUUGAACCAGUUCGAACUCCAGGUAUGAAAUAUAGACAUUAUUCACCUACUGCCAAAGUUGUAUUAUUCAUUAAUUGUAAAGAUGGAGUGGAUGCUAUUCAUAAAUAUUUACAAACAGAAAAUAUCAAUAGUAAAGAAACUAAAAUCGCAUUAUUAAGAUCAAUCAAUUUUUCAACUAAAGACGUUAUCGAUAGUAAUAUCUAUUUACAACGAGAUUUAGGUUCAACUGGUCAACAAGUUUCUCAUAAUUUAUUUGCAUUAUUAAGAGAAGUUGAUGAAUUAGGAGUUGAUUUAAUUCUUGCAGAAGGAAUUGAUGAAACCGAUGAAGGCUUAGCUGUGAUGAACAGAUUAAGUAAAGCAGCCAUCCAAGUUAUAGAUGGGAUAGAUAUAUAGAUAAUGUAAUAAUAAUAAUGAACGUAAUUGUAAUCAAAUAGAGAUAGGAUUUAGGAGUCGGGCCUCUCACUCAACUUCUCUGUCUGCCUCGUUACCGUAUAGGGUAAAAGAGCCGCCUAACAUGUAAAAAGCCAUAUCUUCAGGGAUAAACUGUAAACUGCACAGAAACACACACGUAUUUUUUAUU